AUGCCAGAAAUGAAGAGAGAGCAGAGUGGCGUUCGAAACCCAAGUGAGUCAAGCCAAAAUUACGGUGUUGCAAAUACCUCACCCGACUCUCUCUCACCUAGUUUUCAGCUAUACCCUAAUGGGCCACUGUCAUCUAAUUUAACAAGUCAUAACGCGUCAGUUUCAUCCUACAAUUCAUCGAGUGGGCCGAACCCAGAGUCGUCAUCUUCGAACGUGUCGACUCCUGAAGGUCAAGGACUCAUGGAAGAUGGUAAAAAAAAUAGAAACAUUGAUAUAAUGCAAAGGAUAAAUGAUGAUAGGUUCAAGGAACGGGCAACUGAGGCUGCGAUUCCAAAUGAAGAGGACGAUGGUGGAACUUCCAUGAAUGUAAAAAUUUCAGAGAAGGCGUUACCUAAGAAGUAUUUUUGUAAAACGUGUAAUCAAGGAUUCACAAGAAAGCACAACAUGGUAUCGCAUGAAUUAAUUCAUUCUUCCAUUCGGCCUCACAUUUGUUCAGUAUGCAAUUUGAAAUUCAGGAGAAUUCAUGAUUUAAAGAGGCAUGAAAAAUUACAUACUGGUGAAAAGCCUUUUGUGUGUGAUAAAUGUUCAAGACGAUUUGCUAGACCGGAUGCCUUGACGAGGCAUCAAAAUUCUCCCAAUGCUUGUGUCGCAAGCAGCGGCAAUAGUACUACUACUAAUACUGGUAUUAGUAAUGACAACAGCAGUGGCAACAGUAGUAGCAACAGCCACUCUUCAGUGCCUUCGGACACUACAUCUCAUACUGAAGUCGACGCAACUCAGGAUAAUAAUUUAUCUGACAGCAUUGGGACAACUAGCUACGAUCUAAAUCGUUGGAAAGCUCAAAAGUUCAGUGAACAGUCAAAGAAAAGACGUUAUCAUCGUCAUCAAAAACCUCAGCUGUCAUAUCCAUUUAAUACCACAACUACUACGACUACAACAACUACAACCACAGUGAAUCGAGAUGAGAAGGGAAGAGGAGAGCAGAAAUAUCAUGAUGGAAAUUCUCAUCCUUUUGGGGGGAGACAAGAAAUUCUUGAUACCCCCCAAUCGCAACAAAAGUUCUCGAUAUCAAGAGGAGGAGGAUACUUACCUCCAUUAUCAAAUAAUGGCGAUUAUGUGACUAUGGCAAAAUACCAGGACUUGGUCAGUUAUACGCAUCAACUUCAAGACAGCUUGUCGAAAAUGAAUUCAAGAAUAAAGUUUUUGGAGAAUGAUCGACGAGAAGGUGAUAGUGACCGUCAACUCAACUCCAUGUCAGAUAGAUCUAGCGCUUGA